AUGGAAUGGCAGCUCCCUCUCCCUCGCUGGUUUCCUCUCUUCGAUGAUUCCAAGGUAGAGGGUGUUGUUGUAGUUGAGACAAAGCAUUGGCUCUCCAAGGAGGUAGGGAGAAAGAUUGGAGCAGUUUUUAAAGAAGUAAAAGAGGUGAUUGUACCUCAGGCAAGGGGAAAAGAAGGAAGACAUCUUAAAGUUCUUGCCCUGGUAGAUUUGUCUAAACCCCUUCUCAGAGGAACGUUGGUUAAUGUAGCAGAGUCACUCAAAUGGGUUGCCUUUAAAUAUGAAAGAUGCCUGGAUUUCUGUUAUAGCUGUGGAAUAGUUGGGCAUGGGGAACGUACGUGUAAAGAGCAAAGGAAUUCAUCAGGGAGCCUUCUGGAGCAUCAAUAUGGGCCUUGGCUGAGAGCUGGAAGUAACAGAAGUCCAACAAAGGAUAGGAUAGUGAGAGAGGAUCUGGUGAAGGAUAAAAGGUAUUGGAAGUUUCAGAAUGGUGAAAUGCUUGAGAGGGAAAGGACCAGGAUACAGUCUGGAGAGAAACUCCUGGAGACGUUGAGGUCUUCAGGGCUAGGAACAAGGAGUAAUCUAGAGGUAGUUAAACAGCAGGAGGAGGAAAGGGUGGAAAUUCUUCGAAGUAGCCCUCCAAAUAAGGUGGGAAGUAGUGCGAAGGAAAGGGACCUUAGUGAUGACUCACAAGCCUUGACUAAGGAAAGGCAGGACCUCUCUCUGAUUACUCAGGUCAGAACUGAGGAAAAAGUGACUCCAGUUGAAGUGGAGGAAAUGGAAGAGGAUAGAGAUAAUAGGGCAAAAUGGCUAGAGCAGGAAAACAGCCUACAAGAGAUACCAAUUUUUGAGGCAGCAAUGCAGGAGGAGAGCCUUUGUGAGGUUAAGAGGCAAAGAGCCAUGAUAAAGCAAGUUAAAAGGUCUUAUAAAAAGCUGAAAUCUCCAGUUAAGACAAGGAGGCCUUUGAGAGAGAGAAAUGGUCAAGAAGCUAACGCAGUGGGCAGUGGAAAAAGAAAGAUGCUGGUUUUUUAUGAGGAAAUGGAGGACGUGCACCAGAAUGAACCAGUAGGUAAAAAAGCAAAGUCUCUUGAACUGUUUGGCUACACAGGUUUGUCUGAGGUGGAGAUGGGUGUAGUGGUAGAAGCUAUGCACAAGGCAGGAGGAAUGGCAAUUUUUUGGAAGGAGGAAACACAAGUUCUGGAAGUUAAUCUAACAGCCUUCACUAUUGAAGUCAGGUUAGAGGAUGACGUUAAGCAUUGUGACUGGUGGUUUAUAGGAGUUUAUGCGAGUUGUGAUAGUCAGAUAAGGAAGGAACAAUGGAGAGUUUUGAGAGAUAGAAGCAGGUUGUGGGGAGAUAGAUACAUGAUCGCAGAUAUAGGCUUUGAGGGACACCCUUGGACUUGGAGUAACCAUUGGGAGGAUGAAGGAGAAAUUAGGCAGAGAUUAAACAGAUGCUUGGCCAGUUAUGAAUGGGUUCAAACUUUUGAUAAAGCUAAAUGCCAGCAUAUGGACACUUAUGCUUCUGAUCACAGCAUUUUGUGCUUAGAUACUGAUCCAGAAAAGGGGAAAAGGAAACAAAGGUUCUUUUUUGAUAAAAGAUGGUUGCAUAAGGAAGGGGUGCAACAGGUAGUGGAGCAAGCUUGGCAGAAGGAUGAACCUGGUUCACGUAUGUUUAAGAUUACAAGGAAGAUCAGAAACUGUAGAAUUGAGUUACUAAAAUGGAGGAACACGUUCCAAGCAAACUCUAAAAGGAAAAUUGUGGAGGUAAGGAAAAGACUGGAGGCCGUAAGUAGCUCUGAGGCUGCUAGUAAGAAGGAGAUGAUGACUGAGCUAAAGAACCAGCUUAAGGAAGCAUAUCAGGAAGAGGAGAAAUUCUGGAGCCAACAUGCAAGGCUUGACUGGCUCAGGGAAGGAGAUAAAAACACUAAGUAUUUCCAUGCCUUUGUGAAGGGGAGAAGGAUUAAGAAUAGAAUCAGGAAACUGCAGAGGGAGAAUGGCUCUUGGGCUGAAAGUGAAGAAGAAAUAGUAUCAGAAAUCUCUGGUUUCUUUCGAGAAUUGUUCACAAGUGGAGGAAGGAAUGAUAUGUCAGAGAUCCUUGAGGGUAUUCCCCAUUCUAUUACUCAGGAAAUGAAUACAAAUUUGACUAAACCAGUAGAGGAAGAAGAAAUACAGUCAGCUAUUUUUUCCAUGCAGUCUGAUAAAGCUCCAGGUCAGGAUGGCAUGUCCCCCUUAUUCUUUCAAAGGUUCUGGAGCAUUAUCAAAGGGGAUCUAAUUCCAGCCAUCCAAGCUUUUUUCAGCUCAGGUUUCAUGCUAAAAUCUAUAAAUCACACUGUUAUUUCCCUCAUCCCCAAAACUUUGCACCCAACUUGUUUGAAAAACUUCAGACCCAUCAGUCUGUGUAAUGUGAUUUACAAAACCAUCUCCAAAAUCUUGGCCAAUAGAAUGAAACUGGUUCUAGGAAAAUGCAUUAGUAACACCCAAUCAGCUUUUAUCCCGGAUAGACAAAUUUUAGAUAAUGUAAUCCUAGGACAUGAGUACAUGCAUUACCUCAAAAAUAAAAGGCAAGGGAAAGAAGGUUUCAUGGCAAUCAAGCUUGACAUGGCCAAAGCAUACGAUAGAGUGGAGUGGCAUUUUUUGCAAGCUAUGAUGCAGAAGAUGGGCUUUUGUGCAAGAUGGAUCAACUGGAUUACUAGCUGCUUGAGUUCAGUAUCUUAUUCCUUCAAUUGCAAUGGGGAAUCUAAAGGUUUUGUUACUCCAGAAAGGGGAAUAAGGCAGGGAGAUCCUCUGUCUCCAUACUUAUUCCUGAUAUGCUCAGAAGGAUUCUCCAACCUUUUGAAGAAAGCUGAGGAGAGGAAGGACAUAAAUGGUCUGAGGAUCAGCAGGCAAGGUCCUCUCAUCACACACCUUUUCUUUGCUGACGACUCACUCAUUUUUUGCAAAGCCAACAACAGGCAAGCCACUGAAGUCAUGAAGAUUCUCAGAACCUACGAAAAGGCUUCAGGACAGUUGAUUAACUUGGAUAAAUCAGCUAUCUUUUUCAGCAAGAAUGUGUCGAGGGAGCUCAGAAGAGAAGUGUGCAGUUCCUUAGGAGGAAUGGCUGAGAUGAAACAAGGCAAAUAUUUGGGGCUGCCUAUGGUGAUUGCCAGGACUAAGGACCAGAUAUUUGGGUUCAUCAAGGAAAAUAUAAGAAGAAAGCUGCAGGACUGGAGGAAUAAGUUUCUGAGUAAUGCAGGUAAGGAAGUGCUCCUCAAGGCAGUGUCAAUGGCAAUGCCUACUUAUGCCAUGUCCGUUUUCAAACUACCUAGGAAGAUGUGUAAAGACAUCAGCUCUAUGAUGGCCAACUACUGGUGGGGAGAAACAAAUGGCAAGAACAAAAUGUAUUGGAUUUCCUGGAGGAAAAUGUCAAUGAAGAGGAAUGAAGGAGGCCUGGGAUUCAAGGACAUUGAAGCUUAUAAUAAAGCCUUGCUUGGGAAACAGAUUUGGAGAAUAAUCACUAAACCGAACCUCCUGGUUAGCAAAGUGCUGAAAGCUAGAUACUUCCCCAAAGACUCCAUUUUAUCAUGCAAAACACAUAGGAAUGCGUCAUGGUUCUGGCAAGGAUUACUAGGAGCCAGAUGCUUAAUUGACAAAGGGAUGAUUAGAAGGAUUGGCAAUGGGAGGAGUACAAGCAUCUGGGAUCAUCGAUGGAUUCCUGGAUCUAAUUCUGGGAAGCCAACUACCCCAAGACCUCUAAAUUCUGACUGUAAGAUGGUGCAUGAGCUAAUCAACCAACAGAGAUUGAACAGAAACACCAUUUUCAAGUAUUUCAAUCAUAAGGAUGCUGAGAAAAUCUUAAACAUCCCCUUAAGUCUGACUGGGAGAGAGGACAGUUACUAUUGGCAGCAUAAUGCAGGGGGGAAUUAUACGGUCAGCUCAGGCUAUCAAUUCCUUAUGAAAGAGAGAAGUGAAGCUGAAAAGGAGCAAGAAGACAAGGUUGGGAGAUCCAGUGUGUCGAAUGUGUGGGGAAGAGCAGGAAUCAGUGGAACACUUAUUCUUCAGCUGCCCUCACACACAGGAGGUCUGGAGGCUGCUCCAAUAAAGUGGGAUGGUGUGGUGGACCAGCAAGGGAGUUUCAAACGAUGGUGGAUCACAGUUUCAGAAGCUAGGAGAAGGCCAAGAGGGAAGGAGCAUAUUGGACUGACAGCGAACAUUUUAUGGCAGGUGUGGAAAGAAAGGAACAAGAAGGAGUUUGAAAACAAAGGCAGCUGUUUACCAGCGAGGACUAUAAGUAAAGCUCAUAAGGAGUGGUUGGAACAGGAGGAAAGCUUAAGUAGGAUAACUAGGCCAAGCACAGGAGAAACAACUCCCAACAAUGAAGAACCUAUUCAGGGGCUAGAAGAAGCAGAAACAAUUGUUAUGGAGGUGGCAGCAGAGAGUCAGUUCGGGAAGGUCUCUUUGGGGAUUGGUGUCAGAGUGCGGAGGCAUCCAAACACUCUACUGGCAGAAUGGGCACUUAGGGAGAGAAGUUUGGGUGACAGAACCAUUAAUGAUGCAGUGGCUAUAAAACUGAUUCUGUGUAAAGCUCUAGAGCAGAGAUGGAGCAGGAUUGUGAUCCACUUUCAAAACCAAGAACUGAUGAGACAGAUUAGCAAUAGGAGCCCCUCCAACAGCAGUUUAGCUACAUUGAUAGAGGACAUUCUUAACAUGCAGAGAAUGUUUCGCAUGUGCUUGUUUAGCUCUGUUAGGGACGAAAGAAUAGGAAGAAGUAAAAGUUUAAGUCAUCAUGCCUUUUGCAUUAUUGUGGAUGAGGAAUGGAUUGUUCCUCAGUGCUAUUGA